CGGCCAAACUCGUCCAAGGAAAGCUGCCGUGGACACGCCUUCCGGUGCUCCCACGACAAUUACAUCCCACUAAGCCAAUGGUACACGCCGGAAAGGUUUCGACAUGAAUUCGUAGCCCAGCCGAAAAGACGGGGCCCAAUCCACCUCACCCUCGCACAUGCACCCUUUCUCUGUCCUCACGUUUGGCAUCUUCGUUGCCGGAUACAUCACUGCACGCUGGGAUCUUGUAACACGCCUGUAUGAGCUUGCAAUUUUCGCUUGGGAUCACGGUGUCUUUACUCGUGCUGCAAAAGGCUUUGCCAUACUGUCUGUUCUUUUUACGCUCAUUGCGAUCCCCUCAGCGCUUCUGGCCUUGCGAGAGAUCGACCAGCAUCCACGUACGAGCACGACAGUCAUCUCUGCACGCGAGCAAUUGAAGAGACGGGGCUCAUUCUAAGGAGGAUGUCAUGGUCGCGAGCAAUGGAUUGAUGCGCAUCUUCUGGCCAUCUGAUGCCCCUACGGCAUCCAUACCAGGUGUCAUUGUUGGGUGGCGUAAUUCCGACUUUGACUUGCUUGUUGUGGGCAUCCUGCAAAAUGUAGACGCGAAGAACGUGGACAAUGCGCUCAAAGUACGCACUUUGUUUCGCAACACCCAGUACUCAAUAGACAAGCUGCUUGAGCGGUGUGGGAAUACACCUUUGCAAGUUCUCGGAGUGGUUAAUCCGUCCAGAGAGCCUUCUUUCGAUUCGGUAUCGAUCACUUGCUUCACGAACCCGCGAUCUCGGUUUCCGGAGUUGUUGUGUCCUAAAGACAGCGGGAGGCUGGUCCAAAUCAUCAUUUUCGACCGGCCGCAUCCAACACGGAUGCAAUACUUUUCUCUCGAUCCCAUCUCGUUGGCCCUAGGCGACAGUCAGGAAAAGGAAAGUCUGGGCUUUCCGCCUUUAGAUGGCAUUGAGGCACAAGAAGAGAAGGAGCGUGAGCGAAAGCAAGCAUUAAUUGAGAAAUUGCAGCAACAUACCGUCAUAAGGCAUGCAAGAACGCAGAAGGAGCUUAUGCUUCCCAUUAUAGUCAACCAGAUCAACUGUUCGUUUGAGCUUAAUGCACUUUUGCAGAGUAAUUUGGCUCACGUGGGUACACGUUCGAGACGAGCAAAAAGUGUUAGUGAGCGGGUAGUGCAGACGGCGAACAAUCUCUGGGACUUUGUUCUCCUCACUAUAUGGCACGUCGUUACUGUGUGGAUCUACCCUGUCAUGACUCAACUCUUCGUUUAUGGUCUUGUCGCACAUCGCAUAGCGGGCGAGGGCAUUCUCCUCGUCCUCGACUGGCGUCUGUUUCCGCGGCAAGCAGCACUGAAGGAUGUAUCAGCAACGGCACAGCAGGUAGACAUACGGCUGCAGCAAUUCUGUUAUUGGCCCAUUCAAUACAUGACCUUGCGACAACGUAAACAGACGUGGCAGAGCAACACAAACAGCCAUCCCGAGUACAUUCGCUUUUACAACAGUCUGUGGCUAGUCGCAAACGACGUCAUUAUCGGAAUCGCUCUUGGUUCUUACAUUAUCGAGAAUGCCGCUUUUGUUGCCCAGCAGAUGGACCACAUCCUCACAGCGUGGACGAUAGAGGGUUUACAAGGUAUGAUUACCUGGCUCAUGGACUGGCCUGCUGGCCUGAAACUCAACACUGAACUUGCCACAUUCCUUGGUGACUUAUUUCUGUGGGUUAUCGAUUACUGGGCCGGCUGCAUGGCGAUAUUGCGUCCGUUUCUCCCGGAGAUUAUCUCUUUCGUUGGAUUCUCGAGCUUCGCAGGCGCAACUAUGCCAAUCAGUCUGUUUUCGGAUCUGAUCUCGAUCCUUACCUUGCACAUAUACUCGUUUUACAUUGCCAGCGCACGUAUUUACAACUGGCAACUCAGCAUCAUCAUCUCGCUCUUCCACCUCUUCCGUGGAAAGAAACGCAACGUCUUGCGUAACCGUAUUGAUUCAUGCGACUACGACCUCGACCAGCUUCUGCUAGGCACCAUCCUCUUCACACUGCUGGUCUUCCUUCUGCCCACCGUUUUUGUGUUCUACCUUACGUUCGCGUCGGCGCGGAUGGCCAUUAUCACGCUCAAGGCCGUUCUUGACACUUUGUUAUCUUGUUUGAAUCAUUUUCCUCUUUUUGCGCUCAUGCUUCGUUUCAAAGAUUCGAGACGUCUGCCAGGAGGCAUUCGCUUCGAGCUACAACAAGAUACCCCAAGACAGAAUGACGGUGGUGAUGGUGAGGAUGCCGCGAUUCUUCCGGCACCAACAUCUUAUAUCUACCUGAAGUCCGUGCCGCUACCACUUUCAUCCAUGCUCAACGAGUACUUCCAGCUAGGUAACCGCAUCCGCAAGCAUUACGUAUCUCCGGGCGUUAUCCUUUGCCUCAUCACAGGUCGUUUCGUGCCACCCAUCCACCGCAAGAACCUAUACAGUUUGCAGUAUAGCAUGUUGCCGAAACAGCGGGUAAGCAUUUCAGAGCUGUGGGUCAGGCUAACGGAGAAGCGAGUUGAGGUUGGUCACACAAACGGGUGGCCUUUGGGAGUAAAUGGCCACACGAAGUGGGGGAACGGUGCGCUUAAUGGUGGCAGUGGAAGAAGAAGAUAGUGGAUCAAAGUGCGCACGCAUCACGGCUAAUGUUAAUCGAUACCUUUCUUUCUUUCUUUCUUUUUACUUCCAAUUCGUGCACAGCGUCUUGCCAACUCGCGUUUCCAAGCUGUUUUCUGCUGCUUUCAUGGCCCUUAAGCGACGGCGAUUCAUCAAGCCACCAUUCAUGAUUCGGAGGCAGGGCUAAAAGGUACACCAGAUGAAAGAUGCG